AUGGGAAGCCAGCAAACCUUAGAAAAGGAGAGCGAUUCCCCUAAAGUAGGAUGCAGUGGCAUUAUAAUUCAAGGAGAAAAGGAAGACAACACACAAAGGUUAAACAUAGUGAUUCAAAUAGAUGAUAAGAGAGAUACCAGAGGGGCAGAGGAAGACGAAGAGAGCAGCCCCGGACAAGCUGAGCGCCGACAGCAUCUCCUCCAAACCCAGAAAGAGAGGCGGCUAGACUGUGUGAACCAUGCCAGAAGGUUGGGAGAAGAUGACUGGGCAGGAACAGGAAGUGAGGACGAAGAACCGAAACGAGGGAAAAGAAAAGAAAAGAGAAAGAAUAGAAUAGACACUGGGGCCCAAGAAGCAGACGACCCUGGAGAAGGAACUAGCCACCCACACUACACUAGGUCUGUAGCCCGAAAGGAAGCAAAAGAAAGAAUCGAAGGAAGUUAUACAAUAGCUCCCCUUCGACAGAUAACGCCCAUUGCAGGAGACCAGGGGCGGGUAAGGGUACCAUUCACAGCAAGUGAUUUGAAUAGUUGGAGAGAAGAAGCCCGGAAUUUUAGGAAGAACCCGGAGGGGGUAGCUAAGAGGUUUGAGUUAAUUGCAAAGAACCUAGACAUUGACUGGAGUGAUAUAGAAGUAAUGCUGUCAGAAUUAACAGAAACGGAAAAAGAGCUAGUAUUGAAAACAGGAAGAGAUAAUGCCACCUUGUUGCCCGAAGAAUUGGAAGUUGUAUUCCCAAGUAAAAAUCCAGAGUGGGAUCCAAAUAACCCCAAUCAUUAUAAGCUGCUGGUGCAAUAUAGGAAGCUAAUAGCCUUAGGUCUGCGAAAAGCAAUACCUAAAGCCAUUAACUGGGCAGCCUUGUAUGAUGUUAGGCAGGGAAAAGAUGAAACUCCCUCCGAGUUUCUAGACAGACUUAGAACCGCCAUGAGACAAUAUACACCCUUAGACCCAGCAUCAGAAGAAGGGAGACAACAACUGCUAGGGUUAGUAAUGGGGCAGUGCACUUCAGACAUUAGAAAGAAAUUACAGAAACUUAAGCAUCCAGCAAAUAAAGACCUAGAAACAUUGAUGAACGAAGCCUGGGAAGUAUACAACAAUAGAGAAAAGGAAGAGAAAAAGAGAGAAGAUAAAAGAGUUGCUCGGAUCGUAGCAGUAGCAGUGGCAGCCCAAAAUACAAAAUACCCAGACACAAAUGUAAGGGGGAGGGGUCGAGGUUACCCUACGAGAGGGAGGGGAGGAUUUAGACCUCAACCCAUCAGGGUAGGACCAGACCAAUGUUCCAAUUGCUUUCAGAUAGGCCAUUGGAAACGAGACUGCCCCCAGUUGGGAGAGAGGCUUGCAAACACUGCUGUUGCACAUCAGAGCAGUGACCGAAGGGGACCGGUGAGUCGUUCCCUAGCAGACCCACUGGUUAAAAUGGAGCUAGGGGAAGGUGAAAAAGAAUUAGAUUUUCUGAUAGACACAGGGGCAACAUUUUCAGUUUUAAAUCAAGAAUUGGUACCCAAGAGCGAUGAAUUUGUACAAGUUGUAGGAGCAACAGGCCAACCAGAAAAAGCUUAUUUCCUAAAACCUAUUAAAUACAAAAUUGGAAAACAAAUGGGGAUCCAUCAGUUUUUGUACUUACCAAAUUCUCCAAAACCUCUACUAGGUAGAGAUUUAUUGGAAAAUUUAGGAGCUGUAAUAAAAUUCAACAAAGACAAACUGGAAUUCCAGGUAAAUGAAGAACAACUGAUUACAGCCCUAAGCUUGACAAUCAGUUACAUAGAGCCGAAACCUGAAAGCCGGAGUAUUGAGCAGAUUAUGAGCGAGGCAUACCCGUUGGUAUGGGCUACUGAUGUACCUGGGAAAUCAAGACAGGCAACACCUAUUGUUAUCAAACUUAUACCUGGAGCAAGACCAGUAGUGAGGAAGCAGUAUCCCCUGAGAUUAGAAGACAGGAAAGGGGUCGAACCCAUAAUUGGGAAAUUCCUGGAAUUAGGACUAUUAGUGGAAUGUGAAUCAGAUUAUAAUACAUCAAUCUUACCAAUUAAGAAACCUGGUGGAACCUAUAGAUUGGUCCAAGAUUUGAGAGCUGUAAAUGCAAUAACAAAAACUCUACACCCAGUGGUGGCAAACCCUUAUACCCUCCUGACCAAGCUAAAGGACAAUUUAAUUCGGUUCACAGUGUUAGAUCUAAAAGAUGCAUUCUUUUGCCUUCCCUUAGCCCCAGAAAGCCAAAAGAUUUUUGCCUUUGAAUGGGAAUUUGUGAGUAAAGGGAGAAAGACCCAAUUAACCUGGACAGUGUUACCUCAAGGCUACAAAAACAGUCCAACAAUCUUUGGGAAUCAAUUGGCCAAAGAAUUGGAACAAUGGGAAAGGCCACAAGGGGAUGGCACUCUUCUGCAAUACGUAGAUGAUCUAUUAAUAGCAACUGAAUCAGAAGAAGAGUGUGUUAAAUGGACUAUUUCUUUGUUGAAUUUCUUGGGAUUAAGUGGAUAUCGAGUCUCUCAACAGAAAGCGCAACUGGUGCAAGAAAAAGUAGUAUACCUGGGAUAUGAGAUCUCCAGAGGACAACGAUCCCUAGGAACAGCAAGGAAAGAAGCCAUUUGCCAGAUGCCCAAACCAGAGAUGGUGAGAGAUCUACGAGCCUUUCUGGGAAUGACAGCCUCAUUUUUAGAAGGAAGAAUGUCAGCAGAGCCAAUUGAACAUGACUGCCUGGAAACCAUCGAAGCAGUUUACUCCAGCCGCCCGGAUCUCAAAGAAGAGCCAUUUGAAGAUGCAGACAACUGGUUCUCGGACGGCAGCAGCUUCGUGAAGCAAGGAGUAAGAAUGGCAGGCUAUGCAGUAACCACAACAGAAGAGGUAAUCGAAUCAAAUCCUUUACCUGCAGGGACCUCAGCCCAAAAGGCGGAAUUAAUAGCUCUUACCCGAGCUCUGGAAUUGGCAGAAGGCAUACGAAUUAACAUCUGGACAGACUCUAAGUAUGCCUUCUCUGUCGUACACGCUCAUGGAGCAAUUUGGAAAGAAAGGGGACUGCUAACCGCCCAAGGGAAAACAGUCAAACACGCAGAAGAAAUUCUACGAUUGUUAGAAGCAGUCCAACUCCCAGCACAAGUGGCCAUAAUGCAUUGCAAAGGACACCUAAAAGGUAACACUGUUCCAGAGAUAGGAAAUAGGAAAGCUGACGCAGAAGCUAAAUUAGCUGCUGCAAGAACCAAGGAAGUGGUUAUAACAGCUCUAAUACCAGAAGAGCUAGAUACCAACUUCCAAACAAAUUAUCAGGACUCAGAUCAUAGGUGGAUUCAAAAGAACAAAGGCAAAUUAUUAGACAAUGGAUGGGGUCAAUUAGAAACAGGACAAUUAAUAAUACCAGAGAAAUUAAUGUGGCAAUUUGUAAAAACAGAACAUGAGAAAACGCAUUGGAGCUUAGACCCGCUUUAUCAGUAUUUGCAAACUAGAAUAGCAGGGCCAAAAUUAUUCACUACUGUAAAACAAGUUACAACCCAAUGCGAACGAUGCCUGAAGAAUAAUCCAAAUACAGGGACCAAGGUACAUCAAGGAACAAUAAAUCGAGGUAAAUUCCCAGGUGAAAUAUGGCAAAUUGAUUUCUCUGAACUCCCAAGAAAAGGGGGGUAUAGGUACUUAUUGGUACUAACUGAUACAUUUUCUGGGUGGCCUGAAGCGUUUCCCUGUAGAACAAACAAAGAGAGAGAAGUAACUAAAGUUUUGUUAAACGAAAUUAUACCGCGGUUUGGGAUACCAAGGAGUAUAUCCUCAGACAGAGGUUCGCAUUUCUGUGCAAAAGUUGUGAGAGCAAUAAGCAAAGCAUUGCAGAUUAAAUGGCAAUUACAUACGCCCUACAGGCCACAAGCUAGUGGGCAAGUAGAAAAGAUGAAUCAUCUUAUCAAACAACAAAUUGCUAAAAUAUGUCAAGAAACCAACUUACAAUGGUAUCAAGCUCUGCCUAUUGCUCUGAUUAGAUUGAGGGUCAAACCUCGAUCAAAGGAGAAGUUGAGCCCAUUUGAAAUUCUGUACGGUAGACCUUAUGCUAUGCAGACUGUAAAUAGUGAUGCUGUAGACCAAAUAGGCAAUCAAUAUAUAUAUGAUUAUGUAAUCGCUGUAGGAAAACAUUUUGAUAAAAAUGCUGCAGUAGUAGUAGAACACCAACCCAAGCAACCUGACUGCAAAUUGCAUCCAUUUAACCCUGGUGAUUGGGUGUAUGUUAAGAAUCUUCUAGGAAAACCCCUACAAGAAAAGUGGGAGGGACCUUUCCAAGUGCUGCUGACCACCUUCACCGCGGUUAGGAUCAAAGAACGACCUACAUGGAUUCACUACUCUCGAGUCAAGAAAGCUCCGGAAGAUAAGCGGGAAGACCUGGCAUCAUGA